CAGCUGACUGUAUAUCGCCUGUAUCCUGUGUGCAGCUGAUCUCGCUCUCUCUCGCCCUGCAGGACUUUGCUCUGAUCUGAGGAGGAGUUUCUCCGGAUCUUCAGGAGCAAAACCGGACAGAGCUGCUCUUUAAAGUGUGUGUGUGAGCAGCUGAUGAUGUUCGAGAGCAGCAGUGUGUUCGACUUCAGCUCCAGCAGCUAUGCUGACUCCAGUGGGUACUCUGUGGACGACAGCUCCUCUCUGGCCUCCAGUUUAUCCAGACCCACCGCUAAAUCCAUAUACAUGAGGAGGAAGGAGUACGCAGAGUCCAUCAACCAGGAGCUCAGCAAGUUCCAGUACAGAGUGGAGCACUUGUUAACGUGUGAGCUGGCGGGUGAGCUGAGGGACGUGUCGGACUGCGUGGAGCGUCUGAAGCUGCUGGAGGAGACGGGACGCGUCUGGGGGCAGGACAUGAUCCUGGAGCUGAAGAAGGGGAACCUCCUGCUCACCGACCUCGAGACCAAGGAGGAGCUGGACAGUCUGGCUGUGAGUCGGGUGUUGGAGGUGAAAGCUGUGAUGGACAGUUGUGUUUAUAACUCCUUACUGACCGUCUCAGUACAGGACAGAGGGACCAGUGUCUUCAUGUUCCAGAGCGACUCUCUAAGGGCCGAUUACAUCCAGCGAGAUCUGGAGCGAGUUCUGCAGAACAGGAUGGACAGGGUGCAGGACGGUAAUAAGAACAGGACAAGACCUGGACCUCUGAUAAAGAAAGACAGCAGAAACUCAGCUCGACCUCCAGAACCCAAAAAAGAGGACUGGAGUGCUCCAGACUACGAUGAAAGUCCUGCUCCAUCUCCAUCUCCACCUUCAUCCAGACACAAGCCGGUCUUCAUCCUUCCAGAGCCGAGAACCUCGCCAACCCCAGCACGGAAAACAUCCAAACGCAACCACAGCCCCCCACCAGCUCCGCCCCCUUAUACGGAGAGAGAGAGGAACGUGGACAUACUCAACCACCUGAUAAACGACAUAGAAGAGUUUUCAGACAGGGUGGCUGCUGUGAUGCCAAGGGUGGAUAAGAAGAAGAAAAAGAAGAAGAAGCAGCAGAAAGCAGCUGUGCAGAAUCUGCCCUCUGAGGAUCAGUUCAUCAUCUGCCUCCAGAAAAUCAAGAUGGCCUUUAAUCUGCUGGGGGAGCUGAAUGGUCAGAUUGAGGACCCCAAUGCUGCAGAUCUGGCUCACUGUAUCUUCUCUGUGUUGGAGCUGGUGGUGAGUGUGUGUGAGGAUGAUCUCCCUCCCUCUGUGAUCGCUCCUCUGCUGGAGCCGGAGUGUGUUCGCUUUCUGAGUGAAGAAGCCUCACCUGAGGAGGAUCAGCUGUGGCAGUCUCUCGGAGACGCCUGGAACAUCCCCAGUACGAAGUGGCCUGAGGAUGAUGAUAAGAUCCCGACCUUCACGCCGGUGUUUAACGAUGGCUGGGAGCCGCCAGAGAUCACACACACCGAGAGAAAACCUACACACACACACACACAGCGGCAGGACAGCCAGCGGUCUGCAGGAGCACAGAGUACCAGUUCAUGGCAGAUUCCAGAGCCCAGCCCUGAGGAGCUGCCUCUCAGCUCGAUGUGUGUGUUGAGUGACUUCAGAGCGAGGAACGAUCGAGAGCUGAGUGUGAAUAAGGGGGAAACAGUGGAGCUGCUGGACAUGUCUAAGCGCUGGUGGAAGGUGAGGAAUGGGCGUGGUCAGGAAGGCUUCGUCCCUAAUAACGUUCUCAAGUCCACUGAGAAUGAGGACGCACAGGAAGCUGACAGUAACCCAGUUCUGAACAGGAAGUCAAAGCCGGAGGAUGUGAAGGCGUGGCUGGAGUACAAGGGCUUUAAUAAAAUCACGGUCAGGUGUUUGGGGGGUCUCAGUGGGCCGAUGUUGUUGGGGAUGACCCGGGAUGAGCUGAAGAUUGUCUGUCCUGAGGAAGGAGGACGAGUUUAUUAUCAAUUACAGAACGUUAAAUCAGCACUCGCUAUGGCCAGAGAGGUGAGUCCACUGGUCUGAGAACAAUAAAGACCAAACACACAGGCAGUGUGUGUGUGUGUGGAAUUCUGGGGGACCUCUGGGCUCAGGUGAGCUCAGGUGUUCUCAGGUGAAGCUGGACUGAAUCACCUGCCGGACUCAACAAAGCUACUUAAUGGACCUGUUUAAUAAACUACAGCCAAACAGAA